AAGAGAGUGGGCGUGUGGCUUCCUCUGGGGCGAUCUGAUUUCUCCAGGAGCAUGGUUAAGGCACGCUUAGGAGAAAUAGUCCUCUGUGGAAGAGGGAUGCAACCUCUCUGCCGGCAGCAGUGGCUGUAUCGAGUGGGCUGCUGAGGCAUCUGGGCACGCACGGAGCUGUUUGCUUUGUGGGGAAAAAAACUAUUAGCUUGUUCCUCCAUCCUGGGAAAACGCUGUCUGGCAAUGAAGAGCAAAGGCAGCUAGUUUUUGGGGUGGCAGAGAGACAUUUGGGACCAGCGGCAAGGCCACUGGCUGCUGCCAGCUGAGCUCCAGCCUGCGGUGGGAUCCUUGUGGGGUGGUGAGAGCAGUGGGAAGGUAGCGCUGGUGCAGUAGCUGCCUCCACGUGACCCUUCAUCCCCACUCUCACCGGAGAGACCUGGCAGGAGCCAAGCAUCUUCAUCGGACCCAGCCAAAAAGUCACGCAGGUACAAGUGCAGCUGAGCAGAAGCUGCAGCCUCAGCCCACAUAUCCCCAUGUCGUGGGGCGCCGGGCACCACUCGCCACCUGGGCUUCCCCGGGCCACACUGCGGAAAUCAGCAUCGAUGUACACUGAAGUACAACGGGAGCAGCCAGACAGUGGGAGUAUCCUGACUCACCCAGACUACAUAGAUGGAAACCCAGACCUCAUCAAACCUAAAAAGCUCCUAAAUCCUGUCAAAGCCUCGAAGAGCCACCAAGAGCUGCACAGAGAGCUGCUGAUGAACCACAAAAGAGGUUUGGGUGUGGAGAGCAAGCCAGAGCUGCAGCGGGUACUUGAGCACCGACGGCGAAACCAACUCAUCAGACAGAAGAAGGAAGAGGAAGAGGCAAAGAAAUUGCAAUCUCCUUUUGAAAAAGAGCUAUUAAAGAGGCACCAAAGGCUGGAUCAGCUGGAGAAAGAGCAAGAGAAGCAGGAAGAGCAUGCACCAGAAUUCAUUAAAGUCAAAGAAAACCUGAGAAGAACAUCAACAGUGACCGGGGAUGAGAAAGCAGUGUAGCUUCUGCCAAAACUCACCAGGGAUCCUACCGAGGCAGGCGCUAACACAUGCAUGCUGACAUCUCUGGACAUGGUGGACAUUCACAGCCGCAUCAUGGUUAUUAACACUUGCUCCAGUAGAAGGCACAAAGAAAGGUUCUCCUAACCCAGGAAUGUACCACUGUGGAAAAGGUGCAGUAUUCAUGGAAGAAGUACUCACACAAGGGGAUGCAGAGAGAAAUUAUGGGUUUUCCCUGCCCCGACAUUGUGGGUGUAUGCUACCCCCCAUCUAACUCCUGGUUAAUCCUUGAGAUACAGUGACUGUUUAAGCCCAGGAAGUCUAUAAAGGGAUGGUUUGGGGGACCACUGCUUCUUCCUGGAGGCAGGCUUGCCAGGUGCGAGGUGACAGGAGGGUAGGUGUAGCUGUGGAGGACCUCCUAGAAACCUCGCAUGGAAAUGAAAAGGGACAAUCCAUGUAUUACUGACAACAGUACAGGUGACCAUAACUGCUUUCCCAAGUGUCACUGGCCUUGCACUGUUAUGUGAGUCAAGCCUCACUAAUGCUGUGUCCCAGCAGCACAUCUGUACUACUGAACUACUAGAAAAAUCAACCUCUGUGUGCCGAUAGCAAUGCAGCACAGGCAGGUGCUACUGUUCUUCACAAGCACCUUUAUAACGCAUUUCAAAUCUGUUUCAAAAAAGCUCUUUAGGCAGUUCCAUGCUCAGAGAGAAAAUACAUUAGGCUUUACCAUCAACACCCUGAGUGGGAGGCAAAUGCCCCAUGCAGAAAUCAAAGGCAGAGUGUUUUCAUCAUGGGUGAUCAAGGAAGCGUGCAGUGACCAGGCAGUAGAUUCCUAUGGUUUCAGCAGGCAGAAAACCUACUUCUUACCCUUGACUACUGAGCUUCAGCCCCUCAGCAGCUGGGUGUGUGCUGCCACAGGGACCCGCAAAAAUGUCCUGUGGUUGAGAAGUAGUAAUGCAAUCACGUCAUGCUGGUGUCCUGUAUACCCCAUACACAGCUGACAUCUAGAAACAACACAGGCUACAGGGCACGCAGGUACUGAUACAAAAUUAUUUGUCAGUGCUUCUCCUUCCCUUUUCCAAAGGUCAUAGCUGCCUCAUUUCGUUUGUCACCUUGCAAAGCUAAAAAUCUUGUUGCUACUAUAGCGAAGCUGAGAUAGAUGGUGCAUUUGCACCAUGAGCCUACCACACUCAUGGGGUACCCGUGCCCUGAGGGGUCCACAUCUAGAGCUAAAAUUGCUCCUUCAGAAAGAUCUUAGUUUCUUGCUUCUAACAUCAGUCCUGAUACAAAGCCUAAACAGCAUAACUCACCAGCUGCCUUGCAACACUGGCUCUGGAAUGGCAAGCCUAAAUGGACCUAGUCAGCUGGGAAGGUAAUACCUGAUUAAACAAUAUCUACUGUCCACAGCUUCAGUGGGUCCACACAUAAAGUAAGGGAAACUGGGCAUUUAUCACAUAUUUAUUCAAAAAUUACUAAUCCAUUCCUAGUCUCCCUGGUCCAGCAGGGUGUUUCAUUUCAGAGGACUGUUCCUCAACCUGGCAGCUUGUGUAAAAAACCUGUGCCACAUCACACAUCAAGAGCAGUGAUACAGGUAUGGGGCUUGUGCAACAGAUUGGUCUUUAAAACCCCUUAACUCAGUUUCAGUCCUCAAGAGCCCCAUCUUGCGGCUCUGCCUCUGCUUAGUUUUCAAUCCCCUUGCUCACAACGCUUAUUCUAAACAAGUCUUUAUUUCAAAAAUCCAGUGCAUACGGCCACUACGAGUCAAACAAGAUCUGAAAGGAAGCUUUUCAUAUCGUUUCUGAUUAAAAACAUGAGGAAAAAGCAGCAUUGAACAUUUUUUUCAGGGGAAAAAAGAAGCCAAAUUUCCCCAAGAAAAAAAAAAAAGGUGUUGCUAAGAAUGUUUGUAUACAGCUGUGGAGAAUGCUAUAUGAUACUCCAUAGGUAACAGCACUUUUAAUAACAAGCUAGAAUUACUGUGCUGGGUUUUUGUGAGGAGCUAUAGCACAGAUUAGAUAACCUUGAUCCAAGAGCUCCAAAAAAUUCAGCAAAUUAAUUUGUAAUAUUGCCACAGAUAGAAAUGCACUCCAGGAAAGGCAAUCUGCCACUCCGUAUGCACCACUGAAAUCAUUGUUACUGGCUCACCCAGGCUCGGACAGGGACAUUUAUGCAAGUCCUUAGGUGGGAGCCAUCUGGGAAGGUCUGGGUAAGUUGAGUGUACAGAUCAGCAAGUAAAAGGUUGAAAAUAUUUUCCUGCAGUCUUCUUGAGUAUGCAAGUACUAUCUAGGGGAAAAAAAAAAAAAGGAAAAAUCAAGGUGUGUCCCAUUGAUGUAGUUUCCAAGCACCGAGUGGGGCUACACACCAGUGCAGUCCAUGAUUGCACAGAGGUGCCUGGGCCAUUCUCAGUGGGUGUCCAGAAGGGAAAGGGAGAGCCAGGUCAUGCUGUCCUAAGUCAGGCUGAGCUAAAAGAGCCACAAGAAAUCCUUCCAGUGGUGAAGGGACAGCAGAAAACUCAGACCCAGCUGCCCACUCUGGGCUGUGAGCUGGGACCCAGCCACGUACACACACCAACCUACCAAACCAGCUGCUAGCAGCUGGCACUGGGAGAUCCCCCCGCAGCUGGGUCAGGCUCUAGCAACCCCACGGCACACAGCAGGGCACACAGCUUUUCACUUCUAGCAAGAGCUCCAGGCUCUAGCCCUCCUUGAGGGCACAUGGGAAACGAUGCUUUUACUGUUCAAGUGUUGGCUUAACAAAAUCACAGGUUUUUUUCCAACCCAGCACUUCUCACCCCUGUGAAUGAUAACUGCCUCCUUUGGCUGGGCUCAUCCCCAGAAUGUGUAAAACCUGAAACCUUCCCCAAUGUUCUUGUGCUUCAUGGCAUGGCAGCAUGGAGGUGGCACCCCAAAAAAAAAAAAUCAGUGUAGACAUCACCAGGAACAUUUCGGGGUAUCUUUGUGUCUCAAAGAAUUCAUCUUUAUGCCCAUAAAACACAUUUCUGAAUAAAACAUGGUAGAUCCAGAAGAUACAGAUUAUCAGGGCAUUGAUGGAAGAAAACUGUUUGCACUGUGUAUGUUGCCUAUGUGGUAUAUAGUCUAUGCUCUGUGUUGGUGUUUAUACAUUUAUAUAAAAAUAUAUGUCAUGCAGCUCUUCUUAAUUAACUGACACUGUUUAAUGUGGACACUUCUGAAGAAAUAAACUAUACAAUGAUUGUAUAUUUUGCUCUUUUUCACAAGGAACUGAAAAUGCUCCGAGGACACAAGCAGACAACAGCCAAAUAAACCAA